GUUUCUUCACGCAUACUAUACAUACUACAUAUCCUGAAUUCGAAAUGACUUUCACUGGAAGCUGCAUGUGUGGCGGUGUUACUUACGCCGUCGAAGCUGACUCGUAUCUCGCCGCCCUAUGCCACUGCACCGACUGCCAGAAGUGGUCCGGUGGUGCAUUUACCUCCAAUGCCGUCGUUCCCCGCACCAGUGUUAAAGUGACAAAGGGUACCCCUAAUUCCUACGACGCAGUUGGAGACAGUGGAAAGGUCAAUAAGCACUUCUUCUGCCCGACCUGUGGCUCAAGUCUCUACACAGAGCUGGAGAUCAUGCCCGACAUGACUUGCGUCAAGGCUGGAACCCUUGAUGGCGGCGAGGCGAAUCUCAAAGGAAAGGUUAAUGUCGAGUUCUAUGUUAAGGAUCGUCCGGCUUAUCUUGCUGCUGUUGAGGGUGCUAAGCAGGAGCAAUUGCUUGGUUGAGUGGUCUGACAUUGAUAAGUCAAGGAAAUUGAUCAAAACAUGGUUUAUAUUUGAGAAGAACAAAUUCAAACAAA